GUGGAUUGUUCCUGACUUACUAGGUACCUACUUUAAUAUUUUUCCCCUUCAGACUUUCUUCCCCGGUACAGAACAACACUUCAUCGACUUCUUGCUAUUGUAUGGUUUGGUAUUCGUCCUCCCAUUUCCUAUUUCACAUUUCUUCCUCUGCAUACAUAAUUCGGCUACAAACUCCUCUUUUUCUCUUUUUUCUUUUUAUUUAUCUUUCUAAGACUAGUUCAAUAUUUCCCUCUCCCUUGCCACCGACGUCUCUGCCGAACCUUGCCGGUCAUUCUGCCACGACACCUAUAAUCAUCCUUCACAAUGAUGUCAAGACGGCUUCUCACAGCCGCGCGAGUUUUGCGCCGGCCCAUGCAGCAGCAACCAUUGCGCGGCAGCAUCCCAAUGCCACUACUUAUGACGCAAGUUCGAACUUAUGCGCAUAGCAUUGUCAAAGUCCCGCAGAUGGCCGAAUCUAUCACGGAAGGUACCUUAAAACAGUGGAAUAAGAAAGUUGGCGAUUACGUAGAGCUAGAUGAGGAGAUUGCAACAAUUGAGACCGACAAGAUUGAUGUCGCCGUCAAUGCUCCUGAAGCUGGAGUAAUAAAAGAGCUACUUGCCAACGAGGAAGAUACCGUCACGGUGGACCAAGAAAUUGCUAAGAUUGAAGUUGGCGCAGCGCCCGAAGGUGGUGAAAAGUCUGCAACAUCUAAGGAGUCACCCAGCAAGCAAGAGGCUUCUGCUGAAUCCGGUCUAACAUCUGCGGAGACAGAAAACAAGCCAGAACCAACAAAAUCCGGAACGAAGCUAGAAUCGCCUAAACCCGAACCACCGUCACUAGAACCCAAGAAGGAGUCUGCCCAGAAACCAUCUCAGCCGUCGAAAGAUACCUCGACCAACACUGGACCCGUCUUGGGAAGCCGGGAAGAAAGGCGAGUCAAGAUGAACCGUAUGCGUUUGCGGAUUGCCGAACGCUUGAAGCAAUCACAGAACACGGCAGCUUCGUUGACAACCUUCAAUGAGGUUGACAUGUCGUCCCUCAUGGAGUUCCGCAAGCUUUAUAAAGAUGAAGUACUCAAGAAGACUGGGGUUAAGCUUGGCUUCAUGAGCGCGUUCUCGCGGGCAAGUGUUCUGGCGAUGCGGGAUAUCCCGGCCGUCAAUGCAUCAAUCGAGGGAGAGAAUGGUGGAGACACCAUUGUAUAUCGAGACUACGUUGAUAUUAGUGUGGCUGUAGCUACAGAAAAGGGACUGGUCACUCCAGUGGUCCGAAACGCAGAAUCCAUGGACAUGGUUGGGAUUGAAAAGGCCAUCGCGGACAUGGGUAGAAAGGCUCGAGAUGGGAAACUUACCAUUGAGGACAUGGCUGGUGGUACUUUCACCAUAAGCAACGGCGGAGUGUUCGGUUCUCUUAUGGGUACGCCCAUCAUUAACCUACCCCAGAGUGCUGUAUUAGGUCUACAUGCCAUAAAGGAUAGAGCCGUUGCUAUAAAUGGCAAGGUAGAGGUUCGGCCCAUGAUGUAUCUUGCAUUAACCUACGACCACCGCCUUCUCGACGGUAGGGAAGCGGUUCAGUUCUUGGUUAAGGUCAAGGAAUAUAUCGAAGACCCUCGGAAGAUGUUGCUAGGCUGAUUCAUUUUACAUGGCAUGUUUACGAGUCACUUAAUGGGAAUAAGUAAAACUUUAAAGUGUAUAAUAUAGCGGUUGUUUAAUAAGCAUGAAUGAAUAAGUUAUAAGCAGUUUAAU